GUCGCACGGGACUACUUUUGCCUGCGGAAGGUACCCCCCGAAGUCGCGCCGGGAAUUUGGGCAAAACAACACCUUGACUCUUGAGUUCUCGGCGAAUUGCGAAAAAGAACACCCGCCCUGUAGUGUGUGUGUAAAUUACCCUCUUUACCCUCAGCCUGUCCAGAUUCAAAUGGCACAACACUGGAGCUGGCGCCCAUUGUUGAUCGCCCAGACGUUUUAGAUGGCCCGGAUAAAGCACACCGCUGUGAGAUUUCCGAAGUUUGGGGCAGCGGUGUUGGCGGAGGGGGCCGCAGGAGCAGCGGGCAGGACAGUGGCUGCUGAGGGCAGCGGUGCGGGGACUGUGCCUGCAGCGAGCAGCGGUGCGAGGACUGUGCGUGCAGCGGGCAGCGGUGCGGGGACAGUACCUGCAGAGGGCAGCGGUGCGGGGGCAGGCGGAGGGGGACGGGGAGGCGGCAGACCCUUCCGCUUUAGGCCAGGAACGAAAGCCCUGCGGGAGAUUCGAAAGUACCAAAAGUCAACCGACUUGCUGAUCCGGAAGCUGCCUUUUGCGAGGCUGGUCCAGGAAAUCAGCAACAAAUUGACCAAGGAGGACUUCAGGUGGGCUGCAGAGGGCUUGUUGGCUCUACAAGAGAUAACGGAGGACUUCAUGGUGCACUUGUUUGAGGACACUAACUUAUGCGCAAUUCACGCUAAGCGGGUCACCGUCAUGCCCAAGGACAUGCAGCUGGCACGGCGCAUUCGUGGGGGCUAUUCUGGUGGCAAGCCCUUUUAACCUGAGGGAUUCCCGUACCCAAAAGGGGGAUGGGUACGAGAGAUUACCCCUGCUUCUGGUAGAUGGAGGAGCUGGCACCGACCUAGUGCGUGGCAUAGGUCGUGAAGUAAAGAUUAGACGAAAUCGGAGGAUAUUGAACAAUUUUCUAUUCUCGGAUGGGCGGCCUAGUGCGUAAGCGCCGAGACGAAUGACAUAGCUGCUAAAAGCCCUAGUACUGCGACUAAAGGGCAUGUGCCACGCUUACGGAUAUUGCAUGUGGGAGCUCUAUAAUGAAUCGAGAAUAGUUCAUCGUCCGUACUUUUGACAAGCGACUGCUUUCUUUAUCAGAAAGCCGUGUUUGCUAUCAUCCACGCGCUGAGUGUGCAAUGGUCUCAUCGUCC